AUGAAAAACCAUUAUAACGAUCAAAUCGAAAUGCAAUUAGACACAAAAACGUCCUGUCGACCUCAACAUACUCAACAAAAUAAGUUGAACAUAUUACGUCGAUUUAAGAAGAAUUUAUUAGAUGACAGUCAACUUCAUCCACCGCAUAAUAGCAAUUCUCAUCCCAUGGAUUCAGACAUUAUUAUAUUAAUGGAUAAUUUUGUAUGUCGACUUUUUGACAUAACUGUUCUUAAUGACAGUUAUCUACCUAAGUACGAAUCAAAUUUUACAAUUAACAACAGUAAUUGUGCAUUCUCUAAUUGUAAACAUGCGUUUGAUAUUAUAUCACAGCAAACAAGAGCAGCUGAUGAACUAGCUUCAAUCAUAAAAGUUUGUAAAAAAUGCAAUGCAAUAUUUGUUCAGAAACAUUAA